AUCACGCUAAAUGCCGUCAACUGAAACCGAAAGCAAAUUUCCAGACGUUACAAAAAAAAUUGCAAGAUUCAUAGGCGCUUUCUUUUCAUUUUUUGUCGGAGUUUGCUUUCUUAAUGUUUCUUAAACAUUUAUUGAGCAGCUUUAAUUUGUUGUUUGUUAAUCGGAUGCUCGUUGCUUUCUCAGGAAAGGUUUUGGCGGUUUUGGCCGUUUCGGCCGUUCUCGCUUAUCUCCGGGUGUGUGACUCACAUGUAGUCUGUCUGCCGAAGGGGGCAGGUAAGGCGGUUGCAGUUGUUGAAAUGGCGGUUUACAUAGCGAUUCCGCUCAAGAAAACCUCCGAAAUCGAUCUUAUUAAACCGCUUAGCCAUGUUAUUUCCGCCUACUACUCGACUGCCGACGACCAGUGCAGUUGUGGCGAUGCGCUGGCGGAACUCAACAAGCUACGCAUGAACGCUACAUGGAGAACUUUGGAUAAGCACGAAAGCUCCCUUGACAUCAUGUACAGGUAUUAUGACCAGCUGACGUCUCUCGAAUCGAAAUGUCCACCGACUGACAUACAGAUUCCAUUUAAGUGGAAGGAUGCCUUUGACAGGGGCAGCUUCUUUGGUGGAUCAGCGAGCUUGACAUUGACCUCUCUGUCUUAUGAGAAGACCUGCAUCCUGUUCAACAUUGCUGCCAUGCAGUCUCAGAUUGCAUCUGGCAUAUGUACUGACAUCAGUGAUGACGAGGCCCUGAAGACUUGUGCCAGAUAUUUCCAGCAAGCGGGAGGCAUCUUUCAGCAGCUCAAGCACGCUGCACCGUCUGUUCAUCACGACCUUACGCCAGACCUUGAGGCUGACACGGUCUCAGCACUGCAAGCACUCAUGAUAGCCCAGGCACAAGAAAGCUUCUACCACAAGGCUGCAGCAGACAACAUGAAAGACGCUAUCAUCGCCAAGGUGGCCUCGCAGUGCGAGGAACUCUAUGCUGACGCAGCAAGGCAGAUGGGCCGAGAGUCGCUCAAGAACCUUUGGGAGAGGGAUUGGCUGUCGAUAGUGAACAGUAAGCAGGCGGCAUUUGGGGCUGUAGCUGAGCUGCACCAGGCCCUGGUGUGCCAGGCCAAGAAGGACGUGGGCGAGGAGCUGGCAAGGCUGGGCCAUGCCAUGGAGCUGAUGAAAACUGCCGAGGCACGGGCGGGCGUGGCCUUCUCCUUCCGGGACGAUGCCAAGAAGAUUGCCCGCAUCUAUGAGGAGACCAAGAAGGACAACGACUUCAUCUACCACGCACGUGUGCCCGAGGUCAAGAGCCUGGCACCUAUCGGCAAGGCCGUGCUGGCCAAGCCGCUGCCCGUGCCGGACAAGUUCAGCGCUUCGGGCCAAGAUCUUUUUAGUGCCUUGCUCCCCGUGUCUGUCAGCCAAGCCCUGCAGAAGUUUGAUGUUCGGAAGACAGAGAUCAUCAAUGGGGAAAUUGCCAAACUUCGCCAGCAGACGCAGUAUUUGAAUGGGGUGCUGGCGUCCCUCAACCUGCCUGCGGCCCUGGAGGACACGACGGGCUGCAGCCUGCCGCCCAGCAUCCGGGAUAAGGCGGAGGCCGUCAGGGCCAAAGGCGGCAUCCAGGCCAUUCAAAAGCUCAUCAGCGACCUCCCCGUCCUGCUCGAGAGGAACCAGGAGAUCCUGGUCGAGGGUGAGAGGCUGCUGCAGGAGGAGCAGGACUCUGACCGUGAGCUGCGUGGCCAGUUCAAGGAGCGCUGGACGCGCAGCGCUUCCGAGAAGCUCAACGAGCCCCUGCGCAACAACCUGAACAAGUACAAGGAGAUCAUCCGGGUGGCCAAGGACGCAGACAAGACCGUCCGGGACAAGUUCAGCAAGCACCAGCGACACAUUGAGAUGCUCAGUGCUUCCGACGCCGAUCUGGAGAGGCAGAUUCCUUCUGGAAACCCAACAGCGUCCAACUCCUCUUGCGUGCAACGGCUUAGGCAUCUCAUGGAGCAGGUCGAGACCAUCAAGGCAGAACGCGAGGCCAUCGAGGCUGAGCUCAAGAGCUCCACCGUGGACAUGAAGCCCAAGUUCCUGGCAGCCCUGACCCAGGACGGCAGUGUGAACGAGCAGGCACUGUCUGUGGAGAUGCUGGGGGAGACGCUGGGGCCCCUGCAGAAGCAGGUUGCGGACAGUCUGGCCAGGGAGCAGCAGCUCGUGCAGGACAUUCAGUCCGCCAACGCUGAGUUUUGCCAGGAGAAGCAGGGCCACGGUGGCAACAAUCGCGAAGCUGUCCUGAUGGAGCUUGCCGCUGCACACGACAUGUACAUGGAGCUGACUGCCAAUCUGAAAGAGGGCACCAAGUUUUAUAAUGACCUCACCCAGAUCCUGCUGGCCUUCCAAAACAAGAUCAGUGACUUCUGUUUUGCUAGAAAAACUGAAAAAGAAGAACUGAUGAAGCACCUGCAGCAAUCAAUAGUGAACAAGCCAGCCCAGCAGACACCGACCCCUCCUUCACACUACGGCUCGAGCCAGGCGCCCCAGCGUCCUCCGCCGCCGGUGACGACGAGCAGUGGGCCCGCGGUGGGAGGGGGUUCGGGAGCGCCCCUGCCCUACCCGGCACAGCCCCAGGGCAUGCCCCAGCCCCAGGUGGCCUACCCGGGCUACCCCCAGUACCCGGGGUACACGCCCUACCCCGCCGUGCCCAUGCCCACCGUCUACAACCCAUACACUGCCAUGCCUCCGGGGUACCCUGGUGGGGCACCGCAGCAGUACCAGCCCUACCCGCAGUACCCACCUCAGCAGCAACAGCAGCAACCAUACCCGGGAUACCCUUAUCCUAGACAGCAGUGAAACUUCUCUGUUAUGCCAAAAGCUUGACAGCUAGCGACGAGCGACCACAAAAUUGUUUGGAGCGACUAACCCAUACUGUUUCUAUCUCUGCUUUGCUUUUGGUUGUUUGAGUGAUGGCUAUACAUGAGCUAUGCAAAUAUAAGCUUUACAAUGGCACUGACGAAGAACUGCUGGCAGUAUAUUGGUGCAGACAUCUUCCUUGAUGAAUGGGACAAACAUUGCGGAAGCCGUGGAAUAUGAGAUUAAUUAAUGCACACUUCUGUCAAGGCAAAAAAAGAAAUGAAUUGUGUGACAUGUUUUUUUUCUGUGAGGUACUGUUUCAGGAUUGACAAUGAUAAAUUAUGACCUCCCAGAGCCGCAAUCUGUCCGACUGAAUCGAUUCCCCUUAUGUUGUGAGGAAAUUGUGUGUGAACUUAAGAUUGUUUUUUACCUUUGGUGUGUCAAUUGUUUUUAUCACACCAAAAUCUGGGGGUAGAAAAGGACUUUUUGGUUUGUUGUUUUCCAAUAUUUGACUUUUGGAAACUUGUGUCCAAUAAAAAAAAAGGGUCUAACAUUUUGUUCUUUUUAAGCAUGAUUCAAGCAUUGUGGAAUGAUUGAGUUGACAUUUUUUGCUUAUAACUAGCCAACAGGGUGGUGUGUCAGCUCCACUAUUCAGAAACUUUGAGCAUACUGGAUUCGGUUACUCAAAAGCUGUGAUGCAGUGACAGUGCAGGAGAAAAAUAAUGGCCCCAGCUCCUAGCCAGUUUAUUGCACAUCAACUCUUGAACAUGUUUUCUAUUUUUGGUCGCGACUAAUGAACUGAUUAAUUUAUUUUUUCAGUUGGUUAUCAGUUAAGCUUCGUUUCCAGAUUAUAAAUAUGUAUAUCAUUUAUCUACAAGCAUCAGUGUCAAAUGGAUGUAUCAAGAUUGCUGUUACACAGGUAAUAAAUAUUUAGAAUCAUUA